AUGUCUCACCGCGCCGAUGCCUCCAACACGCUCGACAACCGUGGCUACACUGGCCCACUCAUCCGCGGCCAGAAUCCUGCCCUACUACUUGAAACUGCCAUGCGCGAUCGAAUCACCGACUCUCUAUACUGGAAAGAACAAUGUUUUGGUCUCAAUGCUGCCACACUGUGCGAUCGAGCAGUUGAACUCACGUAUAUUGGUGGCACAUACGGAGUCGCAAUGAAACCUACUCCAUUCAUCUGCCUGGCCUUCAAACUAUUGACGCUUGUGCCCGACAAAGAGAUCAUACUGGAAUACUUGAACUAUGGAGGGGAGGAAUGGAAAUAUCUGCGGGCUCUGGCUGCGUUCUAUGUGCGCUUGACAUUUGAUCCCGCCGAGAUUUACACAACGCUGGAGCCGUUGCUGGAGGACUCGAGAAAGCUGAGACAAAGAAGAAAAGAGGCAUAUGUGCUUGUCCACAUGGAUGAGUUUGUGGACAACCUCUUGACAAAAGACCGUGUUUGCGGAACAAGUCUGUGGAAGUUACCCGCGAGACAGCUGCUUGAAGACCUUGACCAACUGGAAGAAAGAAUUAGUCCACUCCAGGCGGAGUUGGAUGCCAUGGAAGAGGACGAUGAGAUUAUGGAAGACGCUGACCGAAACGGCACAAGGAGCGAAAACGGUGGUAGUCCAGCUAGCGACGACAGAAGCAGAGACCCGAGUAGAAGUCGAAGUGGCUCAGAAAGCGAAUGA